AAACGGAAAAAUGUGUGCUUUCUUUUAAGUUUAUCUUUAGUACGGAUUUUGCCCAUGUCAGAUCAGGGGUAAUUAAAAUAUUAUUAAAUAAAAAGAUCGAGAUAAUGAUAUAAGGAUGCGAAAGAGGAAAGCAAAAGGACAUUCUACCCUUUUCCUCCUCCUCCUCCUCCUCCUGGCAAUAGAAAUGCUUGUUUGACUUCUGGUCUUCUUCUCAUCUUCUUUCUUCACGAGUGCAUGCCCACGCCAAUGGAAGUUUUAAGUUAAUCGAGGAAUCACACAAGUUGAAGAUCAGAUGGCCUUGAAAGCCCUCCUUGAGUUUUUACUCCCAAAACUCUUGGACAUUCUUUCCUGGUGCGUAUGUUCCAGUUUGUUGUUUUACUUGGAUCUGUUAUUACUUGUUACAGGGCAUGAUUAUCUUUAACUCUUUUCUUUUCUUUUUCUUUUAUUAUUCUUUAUUUUUAAAUUCAGGCCUUCUUUUGCUUUGUUCUGUCCCUUGUAAGUCCUCUUGGCAUGUUUAUCUUCUCCAUUCUUUUGCUUGUAUUUGUGUUUCAAAUUUUUUGGAUGGUAAUAUAUAUAGGUAUGCUUCGUUUCGGGCAAUGGAGACUGAGUCCCACUCCAGAAAUCAGCAAUGUCUGACUUUCUGGGUUUUGUUUGCUCUUCUUGCUUUCUUUGAGGCGGCACUUUCAAAGCUUCUCCUAGGACUUCCUUUCUGCCCUUAUGUAAAGGGCGUGGUGACUGUCUUGUUAGUGAUGACUGAUUUUGGUGGUGCUUCUUAUAUUUACAAGAGCUUUAUCAGGACUUAUCCAUUUGAUAGCUCACGUAUAUUAUGUCUGAUUUGGAACCUCUUGUUCAUCCUAACGAGCCGAUGUUUUUCUUUCAUCUGUGAGCUAUUUCAAAGGGAGAAAUGCUUCUCAUUUUAUGGGACAGAUGGAAACAUAGUUGUGGAUGGAGAAGAAAAAGUGGAAAAACCGAUCAUUUUCCAGGGAACAUUUAGGCCCAAUAAUGAUAACAUAGAGAGGGACCAUACGAGUACACCUUUAGUUUCAAAGAAUGUACAAAAGGAGUGGAGCUGUGCCCUUUGUCUGAUAAGCACUACUAGUGAAAAAUGUUUGAAGAAACACCUCCGAGGAAAGAAGCACAAGGGUAAGAAAGAUGAAGUAAGAGCUGAAGAAUUAAUAUUGAAGUCAACAUACAAUUCUUGUCAUAUGGUAAAUAGAAACAAUGGGAUGGUUUUGCUUGGGAACCUGGUCAAUCUGGAAAAGUGGAGUGGCCUUAUAAGCCCUGUUACUGGAUCAAUUAGAUGGUGCAUAUGGAAAAAGCCAGAUGUUGGGUGGAUUAAAUUAAAUACUGAUGGAUCUGUAGAUCGACAACAUGCGGGUUUUGGUGGUUUGCUACGUGAUAAUGAAGGGAAUGCAAUAUGUGCUUUUGUUUCUAAAGCUCCUCUUGAUGACAUUUUCUUGGUUGAACUGUGGGCUAUAUGGAGAGGUCUUGUUCUUGCCUUAGGUCUUGGAAUAAAAGUAAUAUGGGUCGAGUCUGAUUCAAUGAGUGCUGUGAAAACCAUUAACAGGGUGCAGUCUCACAGCGGAAAAGCUAAUAGAUGCUUGAAUCACAUCUGGGCUCUUUUAAAGAAAUUUGAGGAAUACAAGGUAUCUCACGCAUGGCGAGAAACUAAUAAAGCAGCUGAUUAUCUAUCAAAGAUGGUUCUCGAGAGAAAUGAUGUAGUUUUGUGGCCUGUUCAUUUUCCUACCACCCUUCAGAAUAUCAUCAAGGAUGAUGCUCAAGGAAGGAUUUACUGUAGGCGAUAACCUUCAGCUUUCAGCAUCUGUCGUGGCAUUGCCCACUAAACUAACAUGAAAAUCGAAAAGAGGACUUAUCUGGAAGAAUAAGAUCUGAUGGUGUAAAUAUAUGACUUUGAUUUGAUGCAAAAGAGGUAAAAGAAGAUCGGAAAGUUUGAGUUGGGGUUUCCAGCUUGAGCUUGAGCUUGAGCUUGUUUGUGUGCUGGGUCUUGAUUCCUGAAGGUGCAUUAUGAGGCAGCAGCCAUUCGGGGUUAUAUUUAGCCUAUCAUUAAUCCUCCAUUAAUGUGCUGGUUUUCUCAUGAAAAUCAAAGUAAAUCAACCGUGUCUGAAGGUCCUUUGAGGUCAUAAUACUACUACAAUUUGUAUAUUUUUGUUUUCCCUUUUAAACAUAAGACUAGCCUUAGAAUAGUUUAAUGUAGCUUACUUGGACCAAUGAACAGAACUAAUAUACUUCGAUUCUGUAA